UUUAUUCUGUCCACGGUCAAGAGCCUUUAUCAAAGGUGUUUGUCAACUGCUGCUGGGAAGUCAUGUGAAUGCGCUUGUGUGAGUUCACAGGGAGGAGGACUGAUGGAAUCGCCACGGAAGAUAAAAACCUAGAUGCAGCAGAGGAGGACAGAUUCCAUGACAGCAGCUGGACAUCACAGCAGGAUGGGUGGAAGUGGACUGUGGCUGCUGGUGCCUGUGGCCUUCGCCUGCUUCUCUUCUCUGGCAGAGGCAGCUCCUUUGUUCCUGAUGUCAGCUCCCAGCAUCCUGCGAGUGGGCGGGCCUGAAAAUAUCUUUGUGGAGUGUCAGGACUGCUCUGGUGGCGAAAUCGGGGUCAAUGUCUACGUGAGGAGUUAUCCAACAAAGGCCUCCACUCACGCAGAGUUGACGGUGAACCUGAAUGCAGCAAACCAUUUUCAAGGAUUCGCACAAGUCACGAUCCCUGCCGAGGGCUUCAGCAAGAAUCCCAAUGCAACUCAGUUCGUGUACCUUCAGGCCCAGUUUCCUGACCGACUAUUGCAGAGAGUGGUCAUGGUCACUUUCCAGGCAGGCUACAUGUUUAUACAGACUGACAAGACCCUCUACACACCCAACACCAAAGUCUACUACAGGGUGUUUGGCUUGACACCCCAAAUGGAAACAAUGGGAACAAUUGCCUACGUGGACAUUGAGAUAAUGACACCUGAAGGACAUGUUGUGCACGAUGAUCAACUUGCUCUGAAUUCGGGGUUACUGAAUGGUGAAUAUCAACUGGGUGAAUUAGCCAGCCUUGGAGUGUGGAAAGUUGUCACCCGGUUCCAGGACAGCCCACAGAAAAAGUACAUUGCAGAGUUUGAGGUCAAAGAAUACGUGCUCCCCAGCUUUGAUGUUAAACUGAUGACUUGGCGACCAUUUUAUUUUAUUAAUGAUCCUGAACUUACUAUCGACAUCCGGGCCACGUAUCUGUUUGGAAAAGAAGUGGAGGGCGUCGCAUAUGUGAUAUUUGAGAUCGACACAGAGGACCGGAGGAUCGGUUUGCCAGGUUCACUGCAGAGAGUUCAAAUCGAGAAAGGCAAAGGCACAGUGACUCUGAAGAGAGAGCACAUCACCCAAACGUUCCCGAACAUUCAAGAGCUGGAGGGAAAAUCUAUCGUUGUUGCCGUCAGGGUGCUGACAUCGACGGGAAGUGACAUGGUGGAACAGGAAUUGAAGGGGAUUCUAAUCGUGUCAUCACCGUACACCAUCAACUUCAGAAGAACGCCCAAAUACUUCAAACCAUCACUGUCUAUGGAUGUUUGGGUUGAAGUCCUCAACCCGGAUGGCAGCCCUGCGGGGAACAUUCCCGUUACGGUGAAUCCCGGCGAACAGGUGGCCGUUACCAAUGACGAGGGCAUUGCCAAGGUUCCAAUUGAUACCGCUUCAGAUGACACAAGACUGAGGAUCAGUGCAGCAACAAACGACCCCAACAUUCAGGGCCACCAAGCGACAGCUACCAUGGAAGCAACAGCCUAUCAGUCCAACGGCCGCAACUAUAUCAGCAUUUCGGUGAACACAGAUGCCAAGUUGAAACUGGGAGACAACAUGAAAGUCACUUUGAACAUGAACAUGCAGAACAACAAAGACAACAUCGACAUCACAGUCCUGCUCAUGAGCAAGGGACGGCUGGUGCGCUUCAUCCGCAAAAAGAAGCAAGGCAUCAUGAGAAACCUCAUCAUUCCCAUCACCAAAGAGCUGGUGCCAUCCUUCCGAAUCAUAGCUUACUACCACGCCGCUGAAAAUGAGCUGGUGUCUGACUCCGUUUGGGUGGAUGUUCAUGACACCUGCACAGGGACGCUGAAGCUGGAAUUGGUUGGUGGCCCUCAAACAUUCAAACCCCGUAGAGUGUUCAGUCUGAAGGUCACCGGAGAUCCAGGAGCAGCUGUGGGACUGGUGGCCGUGGACAAAGGAGACUACGUUCUUAACAACAAACACCGGCUCACACAACAAAAGAUUUGGGACCUGGUGGAGAAGCAUGACACUGGCUGUACCCCUGGUGGAGGGAGGGAUGCCAUGAAUGUCUUCUAUGAUGCAGGACUUCUUCUUGAGUCCAGCACUGCAUCUGGAACCCAGCACAGGAAAGAGUUCAAGUGUCCAACGCCCAGCAGGAGAAAACGAUGGCUUGACGCUGAUGACGACAGCUACAUAGACAGUUAUGAGAUUAGGUCUCGCUCCAAGUUCCCCGAGAGCUGGAUGUGGUCAUACAUCCAUCUUCCAGCAUGUGCCCCAGGACAGCACUAUUGUGAAACAAAGUCUAUUGAGAAAGAUUUUCCACUUCAGGAUUCAAUCACAACCUGGCAGGUGACCGGCAUCAGUCUGUCCAAAAGCAACGGAAUAUGUGUCGGUGAUCCACUGGAGGUGAUCAUGGAGAAGUCAUUUUUUGUUGAACUCAAAUUGCCUUAUUCAGCUGUCAUUGGGGAGCAAAUCGAAAUCAAAGCAAUCCUCCAUAACUAUCGGGACAAGGCUGCUACGGUGCGAGUGGAUCUUAUAGAGAAGCCGCAUGUGUGCAGUUCAGCAUCCAAACGCGGGAAAUACAGGCAGGAAGUGAUAGUUGGACCACAAUCCACCAGAUCUGUCCCAUAUGUCAUCAUUCCCAUGAAGGAAGGAGAGCACCAGAUCGAGGUCAAAGCUGCUGUGAGAGACACUGAGUUCACAGACGGUAUCCAAAAGCUGCUUCGUGUGGUGUCCAGAGGCGUCCUGGUAAAAUCUCCUCUGAUAGUGCAUCUUGAUCCUGCCAAAGAAGGUGUCGAUGGCAAGCAGACGAUAUCUCUCAACAGUGGAAUCCCCAAGAAAGACAUCGUCCCAAAUUCACCCACCAACACAUAUAUCUCAGUGACAGGCAGAGAGGAUUUAAGUGUCGUGUUGGAAAAUGCAAUUAGAGGAACCGCAAUGGAGCAAAUGAUCUACCCACCAUCAGGCUGUGGAGAGCAGAACAUGAUCCGCAUGACUCUGCCUGUCAUUGCGACCUUGUACCUGGACAGAACUAACCAGUGGGAAGAUGUUGGCUUGACCAAACGUGAUGAAGCAUUGCAACACAUCAAAACAGGAUACUCAAGGCAACUAACGUAUCGUAAAAAUGACGGCUCCUUUGCUGUGUGGGCAAACAGACCAAGCAGCAGUUGGUUGACUGCUUACGUAGUCAAGGUGUUUGCCAUGGCAAAGAGGCUGAUUCCACUGAAAAACAGUGACAUUUGUGAUGCUGUCAAGUAUCUGAUCCUCAGAACUCAACAGGCCAAUGGAUUGUUUAGAGAAAAUGGAAGGGUGUAUCGCCAAGAAAUGAUUGGAGAUGUGAAGGGCGGAGAUUCAGAUGCCUCCAUGACAGCGUUCGUCCUCAUUGCGUUGCAGGAGUCUCACACACAUUGUAAUGCAUCCAUUGGGAGUCUACCAAGAGCUAUAGAAAAAGCAGUCACCUACCUGGAGGGGCGCUUGCCUUCCCUCACUAACCCUUAUGCAGUUGCCAUGACGUCAUAUGCUUUGGCCAAUGAAGGAAAACUGCAGAAGGAUGUGCUCUUCAGGUUUGCAGCUGCAGACCGAACCCACUGGCCUGUUCCAAAGGGGCGUGUCUACUCUCUCGAGGCCACUGCUUAUGCUCUUCUGGCCCUGGUGAAGGUCAAGGCUUUUGAAGAAGCCAAACCUAUCGUGAGAUGGUUCAGCCAACAGAAGAAGGUGGGCGGAGGCUUCGGAUCCACUCAGGCGACUAUCAUUGUCUAUCAGGCCGUGUCGGAAUACUGGGCCGAUGCAAGACAGCCACAGUACGAUCUGAAGGUGGACCUCUUGCUGCCAGGAUGGUCCUUACCUGUAGUGUUCAAUUUUAACAGAAGAAAGAAUAAUAUCACGAGAACAACCAAGUUCAACGAGAUCAACAAAAACGUGGAUGUGGUCGCGACUGGCACAGGAGAAGCCACUCUGAUGAUGGUGUCGCUGUAUUACGCCAUACCAAAAGAAAAAGAAAGUGACUGUAGGAAGUUUAAUUUGUCGGUGCAGCUGAUCCCAGACACUGUUGAAUACGGUGAAGAAAUUUUCAGGCUGAGGCUUGAUGUUUUGUACAAACAUCCAGAUUUGGAUGCAACCAUGACAAUUUUGGACAUCGGCCUGCUGACUGGCUUCGUCCCCGAAACAAAGGACCUGGACGCGUUGGUCAAAGGAAGGGCUGCAGUUAUUUCAAAGUACGAGAUGAACAGAUUUCUGUCGGACAGAGGUUCUCUCAUCAUUUACCUGGACAAGGUUUCUCACUUACGUCCAGAAGAGAUCACAUUCAGGCUCCGUCGCAUAUUAAGAGUGGCCGUUUUACAACCAGCUGCCGUGUCCGUCUAUGAAUACUACGACCAGACGCCAUGUAUGAAGUUUUACCAUCCGGAAAGAAAAGAUGGAAAGCUGCUCAGGCUCUGUAACAAAGAUGAAUGCAAGUGUGCUGAAGAGAGCUGCAGUAUGCAGAAGAAAGGUCCUAUUAACAACAAUCAGCGACUAGCCAAGCUGUGUGAGAGCACAGACACCAUCAAAACAGAUUUUGCGUACAAAGUGUCUGUGGAGUCAUUUUCAGAUGCUUUGUCCAUCGACGUUUACACAAUGAGAAUUAUGGACGGCAUCAAAGCAGGAAACCUGGACUUGAACAUUGAAGGAACACUGCGCACGUUCCUCAGUCAACCACACUGCAGGGAGGCUCUCGAUUUACGUCCUGGACAAACCUACCUCAUCAUGGGUUCAUCCAGUGACAUGUACAAAGAUGAUACGAAUGGAACGUACCAGUAUGUGCUGGGGGAGAAGACAUGGAUCGAAUACUGGCCCUCACCCACCGAGUGUCAGGAGGAUCUGCACAGGAGUGCGUGUCUGGGUAUAAGAAAGAUGGUCAACAAAUACCAACUCGUGGGAUGUGAGCUGUAAUGUGUCUUGUCAUGAAAUCAAACAAGAACCAUCUUUAAAUGACGUUGCUUCCCUAACGGUGUUGGGUAAAAUAAAUGCUCUUGCAGAUUGUUGUCAUGCUUCUUUUUUCCUUUUUUUGUCUUAAAUACAUCGUCUGAGGCAACAUUACAUCUUUAUAGACAUUAUUUUAUGACUUGUCUGAGCUAAAGAAAAAUGCUCUUCAUUUUUUUGGAUCAAACUUGAUCAUGUGAUUCAAUUAUUUAGAGUAAAAAGUGAUGAGUCUGACAGAUCUAUUGAACAGGAAAUCAAAGAGACCAAAGCCACCAACGAAGGCAUGACAAAUUUAAACUAUGACAUAUUGGGUGUUAGUAAAGACAGACAGACGGUGCGAUCUUCAAAAAGUUCUGGAACGAUUGCGGGGAAUGUUGAACCGUUGGUGCAGGUCAGCAGUGGAGUCUGCUGCGGAAACACAAUUGUUGCACUUGUCCAAACCAGAUCGUCCAUCAACACUGCUAAUGGUGCUGAGUCGGCUCAGCUCUC